CCUUAAAAUGGCGGCGACCAUGAGAAAGUUAAUCUGUCAAGUCGCAACAAACAAUUUUCGGCUAUUUCCGUUAUAUGCAUCAAGUUGUAAGCAUCACCGUCUUAUUCUAAGAAAGAGAUAUAAAGAAAAUGAAUUUUUGUCCAGCAUUUCAUUUAACAAUUCUGGAUAUGACAAUUGUAGAAGAGUUUUGUCGACUGCAACUGAAAGAUCGAACAGACGGUGCUGGAAAUGUAACUCGUCAACCGAUGAAGAAAAGGAACUUUAUUUUUGUCGCUGCGGAGUAGUUCAGUCAGUUCCUUCAGAUUUGACUUACUUUAAAGCGUUGAAUGUCCCAGAAAACUUCGACAUUGAUACAACCUCACUUUCACAGUAUUACAAAGAUCUGCAGAAAGAAUUGCAUCCAGACAAGUACACACAAAAGUCAAAGGAGGAGCAGGAGUUGGCGGCGGGCCAGUCAUCGUUCAUCAAUAAGGCGUAUGAGGCACUGCUGAAGCCGCUCACCCGGGGGUUCUACCUGCUUGAGUUGCGCGGGGUGCCCCUGGAGGAGGUCGAGGAAGCCGUGAACCCCGCCUUCCUCAUGGAGAUCAUGGAGACGAACGAAGACAUCAUUGACGUGGCGUCCAACCCGCCCGUCCUUCAGCAGAUACAGGAGGCCAACAAUGCCAAGAUGGACGACUGUGUACAGGUCGUGGCCGAGGCCUUCCGAAACGGCGAUUUCGCAUUGGCCAAGAACACAUUGAUAAAGCUCAAAUACUUCACAAACAUUGAUGGCAAGAUAAAGGGCAUUCAAAGAAACAACAUGGACAGCACAUGAACAUGUUUAUUUGUACUUUAUUGUUAAGUAGUUCCCUAGUUUUCGCCAUAUCACGUAUUUAACCAAAAAUAUCAGAUCAGCUUUGUUUGCCAUACAAGUCCGUCAACACGUUUAUUCUCUCAAAUAGUUAGGAAGAUAAUGAAGACAAUGCUAUGUAGAGGCUCAAUGAAAUAUAGAAAAUAUAUGAUGUUAACAAAUUACCGUAUUAAAAAAUCAGAUUUAUAUUAAGUAUAUAAUCGGUAUUAGAGAUAUUUAA